AUGUCCACAAAGACCCUCGCCCAAGUUGCUCAACACAAAUCGGCAGACUCUUGUUGGGUCAUCAUCCAGAACAAGGUUUACGAUGUCACCGAUUUCCUACCAGACCACCCUGGUGGUGCAGAGAUCAUCCUCAAAUAUGCUGGUCGUGACGCUACUUCGGUCUAUGAGCCGAUACACCCUCCGGACGCGCUUGAGAAAAAUCUUCCACUGUCCAAGCAUCUAGGCCCGCUGUCAGCAGAUGCUGUUGAAGCGAUGGAAAAGCAGCGUGAAAGUGCAAAGAAGACCCAGGAUGAGAUCAGAGUUGAACAGGCCCGGAAAAGGAUGCCUCCUUUGAUUAGGAUCCUGAACCUCACUGACAUGGAGAAUGUGGCCAGACAAAUUUUAUCUCACAAGGCAUGGGCAUACUAUUCUUCAGCCUCCGAUGACGGGAUCACAAACAUCGAGAACGCUCGAGCGUUCAAUCGAUUUUUCUUUCGGGCCCGGGUGAUGCGGCCCGUUUCCAAAUGUGACCCGUCUACUACAAUUCUUGGUUUUAAGUCGAGAAUUCCCGUUUUUGUUAGCGGCGCCGCACUUGCGAAAUUGGGCCAUCCAGAUGGAGAAAUCAACAUCACGAAGGGCGCUUCCAAAGGAGGAAUUAUCCAGAUGGUGUCCUCGAAUGCAUCUCUAUCUCCAAAUGCCAUCAUGGAUGCCGCAGAUCAGUAUCAGACCCUGUUCUUCCAGCUGUAUAAACAUCGAAAUGACGAGGUCGCGGAGAAGCGAGUGCGGGACAUUGAGAGACUAGGAUACAAAGCCAUUUUCUUGACAGUCGACGCCAUCGUAGCGGGAAAUCGAGAAAGGGAUGUUCGUAGUCCUUGGAUAUUGGAAGAGCAAGAGAACGGCCCUGUGUAUUUUGACGUAUUGAAGGGCACCGAACAGGCGGGAGAGGUGAAUAUAUUUGGGACGGCGGGGGCAUUAAUUGCCAAUGACGAUCGUGAUAUGACUUGGGAAAAGACCAUCCCUUGGCUAAGAAGUAUGACCAAGCUUCCAAUUGUCAUCAAAGGAGUGCAAUGCGUAGAGGAUGCUGUUCUCGCCGCUGAAGCCUGCUGUGAUGGAAUUCUACUAUCGAACCAUGGAGGGCGGCAACUUGAAUACUCGUUACCUCCCUUGGAAGUUUUAUAUUCUCUUCAGCAGCAGAGGCCCGAUGUUUUCCAGAGGCUAGAAGUCUACAUCGAUGGUGGCAUCCGUCGUGGAACAGAUGUCGUCAAGGCUGUGUGUCUUGGUGCAAAGGCGGUUGGCUUGGGGAGGCCUUUCUUGUACGCGCAAAGUGCCUACGGCGCUGCCGGAGUCGCGAAAGUAAUCGAGAUUCUCCAGCGUGAAAUCGUGACUGCCAUGCGACUGCUUGGUGCUUCCACAGUCAAGGAUCUACGGCCCGAGAUGAUCCAACGAGCGGAUUGGCAGCCAGUGCUGUCCAAGCUAUGA